AUGCACGGACGGUUAACACCCUGCACGCUCACUGCAUUACACUCACUCACCCACAGACCCACACGGCGACACCCUCAUCACACGCACGCUCACACACCUGCAGAGGAAACUUCUCUCCGGAUCUCCCCAACACCCCCCCCACACACACAGCCAGCAGGCUACUCCCUCCCAGAUCCAAGCUUCCAUUCCAGCCGGGCAAGAGCUGGGCGGGCGCUGGCCGGCCUCCCGCGGCCCCGGCCGGGACAGCGCGUCUGCGGAGCGCGUGGUCCCCAACCCGUCCCCGGGGUCAGUCACGCCGGCCUCCAGGCCCAGGGUGAGGCCGGGGGCGGCCGCAGAGGCCCAGCCCCUCCCCCCCCAUCUCGGGACCGGAGCCCAGGCCGCCGGAGCCCCGGGCGUGGGCGGCGCCGGGGCUGCAGCGGGGCCGAGCCUGGGGGGCGCUGCAGAGGGCGCGGCAAGCGCGGCCCGGUCCCCACCCCUCCCGGGUUGCUUACCUGGCCCGGUCGGGCUCCGGCCGGGGUUACAUGGUGCCGGCGGCCCGGGCCGGGGGCGCUGCGACUGCGGGAGCGAGUGCGGGCUCCCGGACCCGGCACUGCGGAGCCCCCGGCGGAGGGGCCGCGCCGGCUGCGGAGCCCCGAGCGAGUGCUGAGCGGCCGCGGGCGCGGGAGCCGGAGGCGGCCAAGCCACGGAGGCUGGAUUUCCCGGGGACCAGGACGGGGAGGCGGGGGGAUCCCGCCCGCGCGCUCCGCCCCCGCCCCCGCCCCCGCGCAGGGCGGCCAAGCCAGGAGCCCGCGACAGGGAGGGGGCCCGCGCUCCCCGCCCCCGCAGCGGCCCCGCGAGGACCGAGGUCGCAGCCGGCGGGCGGCCGCCGCGGUCCCGGAGGAGCGCCCGCGUCUCUGA